GGGAAAAGGACGUGGAUUUCAGCAGCAGCUUCCGGCCGCGAAUGUUCUCACAUUUUUAUUUUGGUGUUGCUUCAAAACAUUUCACUUUCGCACUUUAGCUAGUAUUUUGCCAAAGCAGCUAACGAUCAUCUAACGACAUACUAGCCUCGUAGAAUUCUGUGUAAGUGAGCGUAGCUAGCUGUGAAGUUAUUUUGUUGUUGUUUCUCGAGUCAACUAUUGCUGCUUUGACUGUUGCAGAAUUAUAAAUUCGAUUGGUGUGGUAAGAUUUCAAAUGAGCUAUGGCAGACCCGGCUCGGAUGGUAAGAUUUCAAAUGAGCUAUGGCAGACCCGGCUCGGAUAAAGACUGAAUCCAACUCUGAGCAAUCAUUGGCUGCUGGAGAAAGCCCUAAAACCGAAGACACUGAAGAAGUGCCCGUGACCUCUGCAGACACUGAAUCAAAAGAUACAUCCUCACAAUCAAUCAUACACGAAAACAAACAGGACUCUGUGGCUGAGGAUGAGGGAACCGCAUGUCAUCCUGCUUCCAAAAAGCUGAAAGUGGAGCCUGAGAAGAAAAAGGACAGGCGCCAAAAGGUUGACGAGGAUGAGAUACAGAAGAUGCAGGUUUUAGUCUCCUCCUUUUCCGAGGAGCAGCUUAACCGCUAUGAGAUGUACAGACGCUCGGCCUUCCCCAAAGCUGCUAUCAAGAGGCUGAUACAGUCCAUCACAGGAUCCUCAGUCUCUCAAAAUGUGGUUAUCGCCAUGUCCGGUAUUUCCAAGGUCUUUGCUGGAGAAAUAGUGGAAGAAGCUCUGGACGUGUGUGAGAAGUGGGGGGACAUGCCUCCCCUGCAGCCCAAGCACAUGAGGGAGGCUGUCAGGAGGCUGAAGAGCAGAGAGCAGAUCCCCAAUAUAAAGCACAAUAACAUUCUCUUCCACUGAGCCACACAUGCCUUGCUGAUUAUAGACGGACAGAGCCAAGCUGGGAUGUAUUCCACCUUUCAGAUAGUGGCAACUUACACACCACUUUAUCAUGUUCAUUCUCUCUAUUCUAAUGUCCACUGGCAUUGAGAAUGUUUGGCCAUGAAGGCAAAUGCAGUAUACUGCUGUCAGGAAUAGUCCAACUCCAAAGUCAACCACUGUGUUAGUUGAGGGUAUUUCUUGGAUAUACUUGUCAAUAAUAGAACAGCAUCAAGGUUUGAUGAAAAUAUUAGAUCUACUUAGUGUUUGUAUAUUUGACGCUUUAUUAUUUGAGCUGUUGCUGAAGCAUAAAGUUGAAAUUAUGUAUCCAAAACUGGUCCAUUCUAGUGCCUCAUGGGAAAAAGUUGUUUUUUGUUUCAGUUAAAGCAUUUUAAUACAGAACUCAGGUUGAUAACUAUGGGCCACAUUUCAAUAAAUAAAAUGACAUUUGUUAAUUAUGUAUUAUCUUCUCGUUAGAUGACAGGUGAAGUUUCGUAAAUUGAGCUUGUGUGUGCAUGUUGUAGACACUAACCUCAAACCUGCUCUCUGGCCAAUAAAUCAGUUCAGUCACCAACCUACACUAGGAGAAUAGAGGGCACACAAAUAAAGGUUGGUUUGAUAUUUUAUCACUUUGAAAAAUUCUCACAUACUCAUUUGGUUCACAGAACCAAGUUUACAUGGGUCUUAUUGCAUGAUGCAAUGACAAACCAUCUUAGGUGAGGAAUUCUAAGCAAGUGUUACACAAACAUUACAUAAAAAAGUGGCUCAACAAAUUUUGUUAUCAGGUAAUUAUCUUCUCAGGGAUGAUUCUCUCACUGUCACACUAAGCAAGUGCAAUUUCCAGUGAAUGUACCAAACUUAAAAGUGCAAAUAAUCCACAUAUAACAAAAUAACAAUCAGUUCAGUUAUAACAUGCACACACUCACUCCUUCCACGACAAUGAGAAUACAGUAUUUUUGCAAAGUCAUUCUGAUAACUAAAGGGUCGGAGUAUCCCAGUCCCACCCCUUAUUAAUGCAUGGCACUAUUUGGCUGGAUCGAGGCUGUGUUGUCAUGGUAACCCAGGCAAAUUGAAAGGGGAGCAGAAGUGUAACUUGACAGGCUGUCCCCUGUGAAGAGGGAGCUAACUGGGGGCUGAGUGGUCACCCUGCUGCGGACAGGGAGGGCUAACAUGGUUGUUCUAAGGAGGGGGUGGAUUUUAGACGAGCUUAGUCACAUUCAGUCAGAUAACUGCAGUUUUCUAACUAGGGACAUAAUUUUCCUUCCACAUCACUUACAAUAACCAGGUUUAGACGGGUUGGCUGACAACGUCAAGAAAAUUAUGUGCGCGCAUCGAUGCGGCAGGAAGGCGUGCAUUAUGAUUCUGAAAGGUCAGAUAGCUAGCAGCAAUGACAAGAAGCUGCCAUGUGGGGAAUCAAAGGUGGCUCGUUUCAGCUCGUAUCACAGAUUAUCCAUUAUAUCGACUAGAUACUCUAGUGGCCGCUCAAACAAUGAAAAGAAACGUCUACAAAAAUGGAAGGCUGUCGGGAGGCGGUGGGACCAUUCUUACCACAGCCACAAAGUCAAAAUUGGCUACGUAAAAAUGUAUGAAAACAAAAAUGUGCUUUUUGGUCUUAUUUUAAGGUUAGGCAUACGGUCAGGAGUGUGGUUGAGGUUACGUUUAAAAUCACAUUUUAAGAAGAUACAUUUUAGAAAUAGGCGGUGUUUGACUUUGUGGCUGUGGUAGCUAGUGACGACCAGGCACAACUACAGUAUAUAAAGUGGUUUUUCUCAAAGUUACCAGGUUGUCACGUGUCCUACUCAGAUCAGUACACUUUUAACAACCUAAUCUGGAGAAGACAGGUUUUGGGCCAAGUUAUCCCUCUCGCUUCGCCUCUUCCUCUCUGGUUGUAUCUUGUUAUUGAUCUUGUUUGGAGGGUUUUGACCAAUGUCAUGUCUAUGCUAAUAUAGCAAAAAUUCGCUAGCUAACCAAUAACUGUAACAAUGUAUUUGAGAGACAAGUGCUCAUUUUGCAAAUGUAUUUACGUUUAAAAAUAAAUACAUUUUGAGACAAAAUAAAGUGUACAUUUGGUCAAGUGUCUAAGCCAACCCUGUCUGUUUUGCCCCAUAGUAGCGCACGCGUCGCUUGUUGUUCUGGGUGGGUCGAGCCCUGAAUGCCGAUUGGCUGAAAUCUGUGGUAUAUCAGACCGUAUGUCACUGGUAUGACAAAACAUUUAUUUGUACUGUU